AUGAGGAAGAGGAGGAGAAAGAGGAGGCGGAGGAAGAGUUGGAGAGAGAGAAAGGGAGGGAGCGAGAAGGUGAAAGAGUGGAGAGUGAGAGAGAAAAAGCUGGAGAGCGGGAGAGAGAGAGAGAGAGAGAGAGAGAGUGUUGUAGAGAGUGAGGGAGCUAGAGAGCGAGAGAGCAAAAAAUUGAGAAGAGACAGAGAGAGAGAGAGAGAGAGAGAGAGAGAGAAGCAGGAGGGGGAUGAGGAAGAGGAGGAGAAAGAGGAGGCGGAGGAAGAGUUGGAGAGAGAGAAAGGGAGGGAGCGAGAAGGUGAAAGAGUGGAGAGUGAGAGAGAAAAAGCUGGAGAGCGGGAGAGAGAGAGAGAGAGAGAGAGAGAGAGUGUUGAAGAGAGUGAGGGAGCUAGAGAGCGAGAGAGCAAAAAAUUGAGAGUGAGAACGAGAGAUCGAGAGAUCGAAAGAUAG